AUGGUGACAACGUCGCUGCUCUUCUGGGCUCUGGUGGUCGCCGCCUGCGCCUUCCUUAACCUUCUCCUCGUCUCCAUCUAUCUCCUCUGCUUCUGCUGCUGCAAGAAAGAUGAAAGCCUGGAAACCAAGAGGCCGGGGUCGUGCUGCAUCACCUGGACCGCCACCGUGUCGGGUCUCCUGUGCUGUGCCGCGGUGGGUGUCGGUUUUUAUGGGAACAGCGAGACCAACGACGGCAUAUACCAGCUGACCUACUCCCUGGACGACGCCAAUCACACCUUGGCGGGGGUGGACAAUCUGGUGUCUGGCACCACCAGCAAGAUGAAGGAAAGCCUGGAUCAGCACCUUCUGCGGCUCAAUGAGAUAUUUGCCGCCCACGGGGACUACGUGCAGACCCUGCGGUUCAUGCAGAUCAUGGCCAAUAGUGUUGUCACCCAGCUUAGCAGUCUUCCCAACUUCCAGGUGACCAACGGGCAGCUUUCCGCUGUAGCAAGACAGGUCGGCUUCAUCGAGUACUACAGGUGGCUCACUUACCUCCUCCUCUUCAUCUUUGACCUGGUCAUCUGCCUCGCCACGUGUUUGGGACUGGCAAAGCGCUCCAGGUGUCUGCUAGUGACGAUGCUGCUGUUCGGACUGAUGACGAUGCUGCUAAGCUGGACGUCUCUGGCCCUUGACACGUCCUCCGCCGUGGGUACCAGUGAUUUCUGUGUGGCUCCCGACAAGUUCAUCAUGAAUAUGACCCAGGAUCAGAUCAGUGCAGAAGUGGUUCAUUACUACCUGUACUGCAGCCAGAGCCUGAAGAAUCCCUUCCAGCAGGCUUUAAACGUCUUCCAGAAAUCUCUCAACACGAUGCAAAUCCAGGUCCAAGGGCUCCUUCAGUUUGCUGUCCCGAUCUUUCCAACAGCUCAGAAAGAUCUUCUUGGCAUACAGGUCCUGCUGAACUCCUCCGAGUCCAACCUGCACCAGCUGACAGCGCUGCUGGACUGCAGAGGACUCCACAAGGAUUAUUUGGAAGCUCUGAUCGGUAUCUGCUAUGAUGGUGUUGAGGGUCUUCUUUAUCUGGGUCUCUUCUCUCUGCUGGCGGCAUUGGCAUUUACCGCUAUGGCAUGUACCGUGCCGGCUGCCUGGAAGCUGAUACUAGCGAGGGAGAGAGAUUACAACGACAUGGACGAGGCGGAUCCGUUUAACCCGCAAGCGAGGCGCAUAGCCGUGCACAACCCCAACCGGGCUCAGCUGAGGAGCUUCUGCAGCUACAGCAGCAGCCUGGGGAGCCAAGCCAGCCUGCACCCGCCCACCCAGGCCGUCUCCAACGCCCCCGUCGCUGAGUAUAUGAAUCAGGCGGCUUUGUUCGGAGGUAAUCCUCGAUAUGAAAACGUGCCUCUGAUUGGGAGAGGAUCGCCCCCACCCACGUACUCUCCCAGUAUGAGGGCCACCUAUCUCUCCGUGACCGAAGAACCAACCCCUAUUUAUGGAAACGCUUAAUUCCCGUUACCCUGA